CUUCAUCUAGAAAAAAACCAGGAUCUUUUUUCCAAUGAAUACACCGAGACCCAAUACUCCCACGAAGGCAGAGAAAUCACAACAAGCCCUCAGAUGACGGACCACUGCUAUUAUGAAGGUUACAUCCAAAAUGAUAAUAGCUCUUCUGCAAGCAUCAGUGCAUGCCAUGGCUUGAGAGGGUACUUCAUGAGUGAUGGUGAGAGAUAUCUUAUUGAACCCUUGAAACUCUCAGACAGUGAGGAACAUGCAGUCUUCAAAUAUGAAGAUCUUGGGUCCCAAGAUGAGGGUCCCAAGAUAUGCGGAGUAACUAAUACCACUUGGGAAUCCGGAGACCCCAUCAAAAAAUUGUCCAGGAUGAGCACAAGUGCAGAAAAACAGGCAUACCUGAAGGCCAAAAAGUAUGUUGAACUUUACGUAGCUGUAGACAACACAGUGUUUCGGAAGUACAGUCGCAAUAUGACUGGUGUAAGGUCAAGAGUAUUUGAAAUCGUCAAUUUCAUCAAUGUGGUUUACAAACCUAUAAACAUUCACAUAGCAUUGAUCGGCCUCGAAGUUUGGUCAGAUGGGGAUAAGAUUGAAGUGAACGAAGCGGCAGGCGUCACCUUAGAUCGGUUCUCAAAGUGGAGGCAGGCUGACCUGCUGAAGCGGAAAAAGAAUGAUAAUGCCCAGUUACUCACGGGUAUUGAUUUCACUGGAACGACAGCAGGAUUGGCAUACGUUGGAACUAUGUGCAACCAUGCCCACUCCUUGGGAGUUGUUCAGGAUCACAACACCAACGCAAUUGCAAUUGGUGCUACUAUGGCCCAUGAAAUGGGUCAUAACUUUGGCAUGAAUCAUGAUACUGAGGGGUGUACAUGCAGUGUCAAAUCUUGCAUCAUGGCAGCACAUCUCAGCUAUAACCCUCCCCGGGAAUUCAGCUCCUGCAGCCUCCAGGAUUUUCAGAAAUACAUUCUGGACCGCACUCCGGCAUGCAUAACUAACAUGCCACUGACGAAAGACAUUGUUGCAACCCCAGUCUGCGGGAAUGACUUUGUGGAGGAGGGAGAAGAGUGUGACUGUGGCCCUCCUGAGGAAUGUACGGACAAAUGCUGUCAAGCUGCAACGUGCAAGCUGAAGCCAGGUGCUAAAUGCGGGUUUGGGCAGUGCUGUGAGAACUGCCAGCUUAGGAGAGCAGGAGCAGUAUGCCGACCUCCUAAGCACGGCUGUGACCUGCCAGAACUCUGCACAGGCCUCUCGCACCAGUGUCCAGCCGAUCGCUUCCGCGUGAACGGAUACCCAUGCAAUAACAACCAGGGUUACUGCUACAUGGGCAAGUGUCCUUCCUUGGAGGCCCAAUGCACGUCUCUCUUUGGACCAGAUGCCAAAGUGGCUAAAGAUUCUUGUUUUGAUAUAAACAAGAAUGGGGUUUACUAUGGACACUGCAAGAAGAGUAAUGGGACCUUCAUCCCAUGUGGACAAAAAGAUCUAAAGUGUGGCAAGUUAUAUUGUGCUGGUGGAUCCCGAAUGCCUUCGACUGGAAACCUAGUGACUUUUGAUACAUGUAGAGGCAGUUUUUCAAACGAUGGCCAGGAGGAUGGUGGAAUGAUUUACAAUGGAACAAAAUGUGGAGAAAAUAUGGUCUGCAGCGGAGGGCAAUGUGUGGAGAUUGAGAGAGCCUACAGGUCAACUAACUGUUCUGCUCAAUGCAAAGGACAUGCGGUGUGUGACCAUGAACUGCAAUGCCAGUGUGAAGAAGGAUGGGCACCACCAAACUGUGAUGAUCCCACAGCCUAUAGAUAUAUCAUCAUCAUCGUUGCUGUGCUGGUGGUUGCUGCCAUCAUAGCGAUUGGAAUCACUGUCAUGUUCCGUUACCAGCUUUUAAAGAAAUUAAGCCCAAGCGCUCGCAAGUCUGUAGCUGGAGCUCCCAAUCCUGCUUUCUCUGGGCAAGAACAGAAGAGAAGACCACAUAUGGAUCCUGUGCCUGGUCCUCCAGAGGUCAACACAAAGAGAUCUCUCCUCCCUGCACCCCCACCCCAAACAAGCAAGCCACCCACUCGUGUUCCCAUCCCCAAGCCAAAUAUUCCCCCACCUCCAGUUCCGACAGCCAAGGCGGCUUUAUCUCCUGUGCCGGGCAACCAAGCAGCAGCCUUGAAGCCAGUUCCUUCCCCUCACUUCAAGCAGAAAAAGGCACCUCCGCCCCCACAUCCGGCACUUAAACCCCCAAGUAACCCCAGAAUAUGAAACAAACAAAGGACCAGACCUGAUACCGUCCCAGAUUUCAAGCAGCCUUUCCCUUGGAUUCUAAGGGACGAAUGAUUACUCUGCAAAAGCGAUUGUGAUGGUACAUCCAGUCCUGACUCUGCAGAAGAACUUGAAGGGUACUUCUUCAAUCUGCUCCAUAGUGAUAGAAUCAUGACUUGGGAGGUUCCGGUCCACUGGAAAAGUUCUGCCACUGUGAACAAGCCCGGUAAUGUUAAACACCUGGAAGCAAUGAGGACUUUGUUCUAAUGGGCCAUGAAAGCCUGUCUCUUCCAUCACUGCCAUCCAUGGCCAAGAGCGGACAUUUCAGAAGGAUGUUCAGAGCCGAACAGAAUCCUCCCUGACUGCUGAACUGAUCAUCUUGUUUCUGUGUAGUAAGCCUUGCACAGACUGAGCCUUGCCCAAUGUUAUAAAACCACAUUGGUUGCUUGAACGAGGUGGAAACUCAGUCCUGUUGAGUUCUCCCCGCACAUACGUCCAAGCCACCGCUUUCUCAGGAACCACAGAAGCAAAGCUUGGACAUUGGCCUUUUGGGCCUCACUAGCUGCCAAGGAACUGCCACAAUGUGCAAUGGUAAUAGGAUGGCCAACUUCUUUCUUUUACCAGCCUGCUGCUCCUAUACCUUUAGCCAUACCCUGAUCAUUUGCAAGUGAUAAAUUUACAAGUGAUGAUGCUUGUCUCCAUGCUGACUUCCCCACUGAUUUUUUACAGAUCAAGCUUCUCCCAAAGGCACAGGAGUAGGGCAGGGUCUGGUCAGUUGGCAACCCUAAAGGGUAGUGGGCAACCUCGUUAGCCCUUGAGUCGACUGAGGCUAAUUUUUUAAUAGUCAGCCUAUUUAUGUUAGAAUGUAAAUGUAAACUUUAAAACACUACUAUCCAAAUGUUCAUAUCUCUUUCCUGGUUAAAAAAAAACCAAACCCAAACAAACCUUCAUUAUACACCUGAUAUGUCCAUGGAAUUGCAAUUCAUUAAGAUGGUUCAGGGCAGAAUUGCAGGGAACAAUGGGUGUGUGUUAGUGCAGCAAUUAGGACGGGGGCGUUAGAAUCAGAUGUCCUUUGUACGAUUUGAUAAGGCAGCUACACAAACACAAACAGAAAUUGGCCCACCAAGUCAGAAAAAUAGCCUCUCGUUAUGGUUUACCACUUUUUUGGACUGAGCACAAAUGGUCCUGCCAAAACUUGAGAGCCAGAAGGUCUCUAAAUGAGAACUUUCAGCACAGCUUUCAUGAUUUUCUCAGGGUGGUUUCACAUGACUGCCGGCAAAUCUGCUGUCCAGAGAAAUGUCAGGAACUAGGAAUGCAUGCCUCCAGCAGGUGAGAACCUGCCCAGAUCAGAGCCACCCACCUAACAUUCCACUGAUUUUCUCCACUUAACUUCAAAUCUUGGUGCUUUCGAUCAGUCUCCAACUGAUGGCAGCCUACCUUGAAGGAGUGGUGUGCUCCUAGAUUUGGAAUCAGAGCAAUCUCUCGACUGAGAGUAGACACCAGGAAAGCAUAGAGUCACCCUCAUUUCACCACACUUGGUUACAAGUGGGUGGGAAAAGUUGAUAGAAUGUUGGGCAGAUGGCUUGGGAACCGGACGUGGGCAGGUUUACAUGAUUGGCCCAUCUUGAGCACGUGCUCCUGUUUCCCAACAUUUCCCCGACAUUUCACCAGGCAGCACACUUGAUGGCAGUCAAGCAAAGCUGCCCUUUGUAAAUAAAUGAUACAUGGAAUUGUUCUACAUGCCACAGGAUUUCCUACUUUAUAAAAAAUAGAAGCCACUGCCAACCAUUUCUGUCAUGGCCAUCAUAUUUACAUUUCUCUCCUGGGUUUUGAAGAACUGCCUGCCUAAACUGAAGAUUUGGGCUUAGCAACGUGGCAGUUCUUGGUUAGCCCUACUGGCUGGAAGGCUGAGCUAGCGAGCCAUAUUCCUUGACAUGCUGGGCAUUGCCUGAGAACCAUAUGCGAGCCGCUCUGAGCUCAUUGGAGGGAGAUGGGGGUAUAAGUGUCAUCAAUUAAAUAAAAUACAUGGGAUGUCAUGCAGGGCAUGGAAUCAGCAAUUGAUAGCACAUUCUAUUGCUGGCUUGGCAAAUCCCAUCCCCCAUGGAACAAAGGAUGCUGCCAUAUACUGAAUCAGACCAUAGGUACAUCUAGCUCAGCAUGGUCUUCACAGCCUGGCAACACGUUCUCCAAGGUUGCAGGCAGGAAUCUCUCUCAGCCCUAUCUUGGAGAUGCUGCCAGGGAGGGAGUUUGGAGCCUCAGAUGCUCUUCCCAGAGCGGCUCCAUCCCUUAAGGGGAAUAUCUUAUAGUGCUCACAUAUCAAGUCUCCCAUUCAUAUGCAACCAGGGCAGACCCUGCUUAGCUAAGGGGACAAGUCAUGCUGGCUACCACCAGGCCAGCUCUCUUCCUUUAGGUCAGGCCUGCUCAACUUCGGCCCUCCUGCAGAUGUUGGCCUACAACUCCCAUAAUCCUUGGCUAUUGGCCCCUGUGGCUGGGGCUUAUGGAAGUUGUAGUCCAAAAACAGCUGGGGGGCCUAAGUUGAGCAGGCCUGCUUUAGGCUCUCUCAUGCUUUAUGUUUCAUUUCUGUACAAAUUAUGAACAGUGGCCUUCAAUUCUGAAUCUGCCAUUGAAGUCCAAGUGAGGCAAAAGGCCAAUCUGUACUACCGCAUAUUGCACAAUAGUCUCAGCAUGAAGUCGACUCAGGUCAAGUCGACAGUAAGGCUAUUCUCAUGAGCAGCCCAACCCAGACUAGGGCGGCCCAUCCUGGGGUUGGGUUGCUCAUGUGCAGUGCUGGGAUCGAGCCUGAACCUGGCGCUGCCUCAGCCACAAGCUCCAGUUUGAAGCCUGGCCUUUUACUGGGGGAAGAGGGCAUGAGCGUGCCCUCCACCCCCAGGCAUGCAGCCCAAGCACACAAUUAACAGGGAAAUAGCCAAUGUACCACCUAAUUGCAUUGGGUACUAUGAAAUUCCUGGUGGUCAGGACUCAUUUCCCCAGUCUCCAAUGACCUGUGCUGCCGGGAGCAGUGUGGAUCGUGUGGCAGUGAGGGGAAGAAAACAGAGUCCAUCGUCUGGGGGAAGGUCGGUCCAGCCUUGCCUACCUUGUCCAAGUCUCUGUUUAAAUGGAGAUGAGUGUAUUGACCUUUGAAACAUAAACAUGCAUGGAAGAUACCCAUGCCACCUUUCUGAUUCCUUUCCCCUUCUUCCUGUCAAAGAGGAAAAUGAUGCCAUGAAAUAAGUGCAACCUGUGCCCUGCCCAUGCUUCCGUCAAUGGAAGGGGUAGUAUUUUCUGCAAUCUCUCUGGUGGAGCACCCAUUCAUAGGAGAACUUCCCACUGGAUUAUGUCCUUUCACUGGAACAAUAGUCUUUCUAUUGAUUCUUUCUUUUCCGUGCUAAUUGUUAUGUUUUUUAAGAUGUUAUUUUCAUAUAAGCACGUUUGCGACUGAGGAAUGGAAUUUUAAAAUGUUGUUUUCUUGUCUAUGGAGAGUGUAUAUUUACAAAGAUAUCUGUAUUUAAAAUGUUCUUAUAUAAAGACAAGCCUUUUCCUGGGGAAAAAAAGUAUCUUCACUGUGAAACUACAGAUGCUUGCGUAUACCCUUGGCCACUGAGAGGAACUACAGAGCCCCACAAUAAAUAUGAGUCAACCCAG